AGCGAACUUCCUCAUUGGUAGUGAUAAUAACUCAGUCCAGCGUCGUGCCUCUCUCACACAUUUUGCACUCAUCUACUUGUACAGUCAGUACGUUUCGUGUUCUUUAACAUUGGAGCCCCACAAAUGUCGAAGCCUCCUCCAAAACCGGCCAAACCAGGCCAAGUUAAAGUGUUCAGAGCAUUGUUUACAUUUAACCCCAGAACACCAGAUGAGCUGUACUUUGAAGAGGGAGACGUCUUGUACAUCUCUGACACGAGUGACUCAAACUGGUGGAAGGGAACCUGCAGGGGGAGGACAGGACUGAUUCCAAGCAACUAUGUCGCAGAUAACGCAGAGUCAAUCGACAACCCAAUGCACGAAGCAGCCAAACGAGGAAACCUGAGCUGGUUGAGGGAGUGUCUGGAGAACAAGGUUGGAAUUAAUGGCCUGGACAAAGCUGGGAACACUGCCCUCUACUGGGGAUGCCACGGAGGACAUAAAGAUGUGGUGGAACUAUUGUUAGGCCAGCCCAAUGUGGAACUCAACCAGCAGAAUAAACUCGGGGACACGGCUCUGCACGCUGCUGCCUGGAAGGGUUACUCUGACAUUGUGGAGAUGCUGCUCAGUAUAGAUGCAAUGACAGACAUCAGGAACAAUGAGAACAAGCUGGCUCUGGAGAUGGCCACCAACGCCCAGAGUGCUUCACUUCUAAAGAGGAAGCAGGGAGGCAAUGUCACUCGCACAAUCAGCAACGCAGAUGAGUACUUGGACGAUGAGGACUCAGACUAAACAGUUGAAAUGUUACCGUUAUCUUGCUUUAGGUGUUUGGGAGGAGGAUGAUGAAACCCAGAGAUUUUUUUUAUAACAUUCCCAAAAAAAAACUAUUUGUUCUGAUUUUUUUUUUUUUUUAGUGUAAUUCUAUGAGUUCUGUUCAUUUGUGCAAACCACUCAGGCCUCAGUACUCAUUCACUCUGAGUGAAACACAAUGAUAGAAUGUGUAUUGUGGUUUGUACUUUGUCUUGAAGAAUCCAUAAGACUCUUUGGGCCAAGGAAUAGAACAUACAGCACGUAGCAGCUCAAAGUACCGAAGCUUUGGAAUGCACAUACCAGUUAUAACCAGUAGGUUAUAAUCAUCACCAUUUAAAUUGGGAGGUUAAGGGCCAGGCAGGAUUAAAGGUUGGAUUAAAUGUGUCUUGUUAAAAUUUUUAACUACAUCUAAAUUAUUGAUGUGCACAAUCUGAUCUUUGGUAAAACAAUUUAUUUAUUUCCCUUGACUGAGAGACAAACUGAGGAAGAGUUUCCCUUUAAUUAGGGCAGGACAAUUUGCCCGUUAUUCGUUAAGCGCCACUUGAGUUGUUACACCUUAUAUCAGUCUCCAAUGCUGCAACAAACCAGUCUGCUCUGUGUAGAAAAUAAUCUGUCCUGUCACAUGUCGAUGGUUGCUUUUUCCAUCUUGUGAUACAUUGUCUUGCUGUUUUCUAACAAACAUUGCCCAACUGCCUUAAAUACCUGUAACAAAGUGCAUCUUUAUAUUAAUAUAAACAUUAAACAUUGAUUUUUUCCAAAGAUG